AUGUCAAAUCGUUCAUUGGAUAUGUUUGAUUCACAUUUAACAAACGUUAGUUUAAAUCAAUUUGAUCCAAAUACAUAUAAUCCUUAUACAGCCAAUUCCUAUUCAGCUUCACGUGAUCUACAAUAUUUAAGAACUCGUCCUGCUGACACAACAUUCAACGACAAUAACUCAACACUAUUGAGAUCAUCCGGCGCGGAUGAGUUACUACUUCGUCGUGCUGCUACUACUGGUGGUAGUUCAAUCACAGAUUUUUGUACACCAACAUCGUAUAAUCAUGCACUAUUGCAAAAUGGUGGUACUUUUUCAUCACAAGAUCCAAUGAAUACCUAUUUUCCCGAUGCACAACGUUACAAUUCAUCAGCUGUUGAUACAGCAUCCUAUGAACAGUACAUACAAUACCCAUAUGGUUAUGCACAAUCUCGGGGAUUUUUACCAUAUUUUCCAUACGGUAGACAUCCACCAAAACAAGAGUAUGCAUGUAAAUGGAUUGACCCUGAUACAAGAAAAAUAUGUGAUAGAUUAUUUUAUUCAAUGCAAGAGAUUGUAACUCAUUUAACAGUAGAACAUGUUGGUGGGCCAGAACAAACAACGCAUACAUGUUCAUGGGAAGGAUGUGUACGCGAAGGUCGAGCAUUCAAAGCAAAAUAUAAAUUGGUUAACCAUAUUCGUGUACAUACCGGAGAAAAACCAUUUCCAUGUCCAUUUACAAAUUGUGGAAAAGUAUUUGCAAGAUCAGAAAAUUUAAAAAUUCAUAAAAGAACACAUACCGGUAAUGAUCGCAAAAAGCAUAUGCACGUACAUACGUCGGAUAAACCUUACACUUGUAAAGUUAAAGGAUGCGACAAAACGUACACACAUCCAUCAUCUCUUCGAAAACAUAUGAAACAACAUGAAGCAAUAGACAAUAAUACAAUUAGCACAGCGCAGAGACGCACAAAUGAAUCUUGUUCAAAUCAGCACAGACGGCCAAGUCCCUCACCGGAUGGCCGAUAUAGAGCAACAAGAUCGCACAACAACGGAUCCAAUGUGACAACAUCAUCGUCGACAACAACAGAUUCAUCCGACUCGCCACCGUCAUUUGAAAAUAUUUCACCACAAAAAGAACAACUUCAACAACCUGUUCCACUAGCACCCGAUUGGUCUCUUAGUAGUUUACUACCUUCUUCCUAUUAUCAUCACCAUUAUCAUCAACCUGCGAACAUUCUUUUACAGCAACAUCAUCAACACCGUCUGCUGCAACAUUAUUAA